AUGACGAUUGUUGGACUGAUGGUCCAACUUCACAAUGGAAAUGUUAUAUUCCAACAAGUACGAGAGUAUCUAUCUCAUGAAAAGGCAUACCUUGUAUCCAGAGCCUUCAUAAAUCAAAUAUCAUCCUAUGACAAUGCAUUCAUAUCAAGGGGCUCAACAAGCCAUCUGACAGGAUCGAUCGUAGUGAUGAAUAUGUACCGAGUAUAUUAUAUGAUACUGAGCGAGGUGUUCAUACUCGCCAUUUCACAUGCCAACGAUAAUCCAUACGAAGGCUCAUUAUAUCUGGCACGAACGAAACGACUGCUCACUACAUACGCCAAGGAGAUCAACGAAGCCCAGAUGACGCGCAAGUACAACGAGAUAUACUUUGGCAUGGAGCGUGUGCUGUUUGGCGAGGACGCCAGCGAGCUGCACACCAGCAAGCUGACCGAGAUGCAGCCUCACUACAUGGAGUCCAAUGGAUGGACGACGAAUGGCAACGGACUCAAUCACUCGGGUCAGAUGGUCAACUCACCGCCAUCAUCGUCGUCGUCAUCGCCACUCAGCUCAUCAUCGUCAUCGGUCAACCUGGGCGUUGCCGUGGGAGGAAAGAUCUUGGACUCGCCGUCCACCGCGCUGAGCGGAUCCAAACAGGGUGGUGCGCCAUUGGCCGCGUCAAAGAGUGAACAGCAACGACAGUUUGACAGCAUCUCCAAGUUUGAGGAUAUCAAGCUCAAUGGCAGUGGUGCAGCGGCGACGUUGCCUCUGCCAAAGACGGCGGACAAACAUAUCUACGACCCACCAGCCUCGACCAAAUGGAAUGCAAAGACCAGUGUGCGAGACACCAUGUCGACUCGAGUCUCCAAUCGUAUCAUGUUCACACUUCGUCAUCCGAAUGCAUCGAUCAUCAGCAACACCUCACCGACUCUAUCAUCAUCGCCUCCAAACAACAACGAGGAAUCAUACCGAUCGUCUGACGACCCAGAUCCAUUCUAUUCACAGCCAUCAUCAAAUAGCAAUCACAAGGAUAUCAGUAGUAAUAUAGAGCAACAGCAGCAUAGUAAGACGAAUGGUACGACAUCACCAACAAUCCCAGAUCUGACCAACAAUGACAAACAACAGCAACAACAAAAUCACAACAACUUUGCAGGCUAUGAUCCAACAUCAAUCACACCUGAGCGAUCACCCUCUGUAUCAAUACCAAUCCAGAAGUCAAAGAUAAAUUACCUUUCAUUCUAA